UUUGCUUGUCGUGUGUUUCGUCGCCACGCCUCUGCGCGUUUUUUCUUCCCGAGCGCUGAUUUCAUACCAAAUUUCUAAUUUACAUCCUACUUUUUUAAAAAUUUACUUCUGUCAAGGUCUGUUUUUUAUCGUUUAAUUUCGGAGCUAUGUUUUUGUAGAAGCUGGUUCGUCUGAGGGAAGUUGGUCCCAGUAAAAGCGGAGCGGGGAAGCCGUUGUGAGGUGAGGGUGUUGCUGGAACCGUCAUCAUUGCGUCGGAGUGGAGUUGCCGAAGCAGCCCUGAUGGGGCGCAGGAGGAGAGCGGUAAUGGAGAGGGACUGGCUGAUGGGGCUGACCGUGGAUUGGACGGUGACCCUGAAGGAGUGUGGAGUCCAGACAUCGAGCAGAGCUUUCAAGAGGCGUUGGCCAUCUACCCUCCAUGUGGGAGGAGAAAGAUCAUACUUUCAGAUGAGGGCAAGAUGUAUGGUCGAAAUGAGCUGAUAGCUCGCUACAUAAAGCUUCGAACUGGGAAGACGCGUACCCGCAAACAGGUAUCUAGUCACAUUCAAGUUUUGGCUCGUAAGAGGGUACGUGAAUACCAGGCAAGCAUCAAGGCCAUGAACUUGGAUCAGGUAUCCAAAGACAAGGCACUCCAGACAGUGGCCAACCUUUCAUCUGCUCAGAUUGUGUCAGCGAGUGUAAUGAAACCUCAGACUCCCUUCCCUCCACCAGUCAGAUACUGGCCUGGCCCUGUACCGGGACAGCCUGGACAUUCUCAGGACAUCAAGCCCUUUGCACAGCCUCCAUACACUACAUUACCAGCGCCUGUCCCUCCACCCAUCAGUUAUGAAACGUUGCCGCCACCUCGGCCUACAGCCAUCGCCGCACCUGUGUGGCAAGACAGAACCAUCGCUUCUGCAAAACUACGCCUACUUGAGUACUCUGCUUUUAUGGAGAAUCAAAAAGACAGAGAAACGUAUAAACACCUUUUCGUUCACAUUGGACCAUCAAAUCCCAGCUACAGCGACCCGGUUUUGGAGUCUAUAGAUGUGAGACAGAUUUAUGACAAGUUCUCGGAAAAGAAAGGAGGCUUGAAGGAGCUGUAUGAGAAGGGGCCUCACAAUGCGUUCUUUCUCGUCAAGUUCUGGGCGGAUCUGAGCGGUGACAUUGAGGAGGGCUCUGGCGCAUUUUACGGAGUGAGCAGCCAGUACAGCGGGACUGAAAACAUCACCAUCAGUGUCUCCACCAAGGUUUGCUCCUUUGGAAAGCAGGUGGUGGAGAAGGUGGAGACCGAAUACGCUCGGUUAGAAGGAGGAAAGUACAUGUUCCGUAUCCAUCGCUCACCUAUGUGUGAAUAUAUGAUCAACUUCAUCCACAAACUCAAACAUCUGCCAGAGAAAUACAUGAUGAACAGUGUGCUUGAGAACUUCACUAUUCUGCAGGUUGUGUCCAACAGAGAGACCCAGGAGACUCUGCUUUGCAUUGCCUUUGUGUUUGAAGUGUCCACAAGCGAACACGGAGCUCAGUACCACGUUUAUCGCCUCGUCAAUGACUAGCAGCACACCUGGAGCAGAGACUCAUCCGAAUUUUAAUACAAAUGGCUUAAAAACACUAUUUCCAGCUCAGCACACAGAGCCCCCAACUCCUUUACUCUGAACACACUUUUUGUUUUUACUUCUUCUCAUUUUGUUGUUUUAAAUUAGACCAACCGUCGCACCGUAGUCCUACCUUGUAGUCAUGUGUACCGUUUUCAUUUGGCGAACGGAGCAAGAAGGAAACAUCCAAAAGCUGCCACUGAAAUGUUUAAUAUCCAGCGUCAGUUUUGUUUUUCAAAGUUAGUAAUGUGAGUUAACAGCAUGGAGUAAAACUAUAGAAAAGAAAUGCAAAACUGACUAGAAAUAAACUCUAGAAGUUUAUAUUUUAUGGUUAAAAGAUUUUAUAUAACUUGAUUGAUGCUGUGGUCAAGCAUGUUUUUACACCGUAGGAAAGACUGAUGUGUGACGAGUUUAAGUGUAUUUUCUAAACAAAUUUAUUUUAGUUUGUCGUUUUAACCUGCCACAUUGGCUUUUUUUUCUCUCUGUAUCUUUGAAAGGUACAAUUUCUGUUACGUGGAAAAUCAUGGACUUUAAAUCAGUUUGAUCAAAAGAUUGGAGGAUGUUAUUUCCUGAAAGUCUCAGACAAUAAUGCACUACGCAUAAAGAUGUGCUGCUUGUCUUAUUUAUUUUUAAACACUAAUAUUUUGAGGCGAGAACAAUAUUAGGGAAGCAUUAGUUGAAUUGUUUUCAGUAGAACAUGGUGCAGAGAUAAACUUUAUUAGGAUAUUCACUCCUGCCUGCAUGGAAAUAACAAAAAAUUCAAACUAGUUUCAUACUUUUUAUUGAUUUUAUGUUUUCGAUUUUUUUAUUUUUUAAGUUUAUAAACAAAGACUGUCUUUACUCUGACUGUGCAGGCAUGCUGGAGUAUUUCUACCUCCACAUGAGUUAAAGAUAAGAUUGUGCUAAGCUAAGGAGCACUGAUGUAUAGGAUGUGUACACUACACUACAUUUGUAAUGGUACUAUGUUUAAGCCAAAACAUUAACACGUGUUUAUAAGAUGUUUCUUUUGUAUUUUACCUACACAGUGCAAAAACAUGAUAAAUCAUUGAUGUAUAGGUUGGAUCUUGUUGUAUGUUUGGUACAGAUUACAUAACACCCUAAGUGCAUUGGGGUAGAUUUUUACCUAUCAACACUAACAAACUAUCCAUUUGACACUUUUAUCUUUUGUAAAAUAUUUAGUAAACUGGUACGCAUGGCUUUGACCCUUUAUACAUAUAAAUAUAUAUAUAUUUGACGGCAACAUAAUCAUGCUGGCCUGAUGACCUUUAUUACAGGAGGCGACUGAUUCUGUUUUAAAUAAAUGGUUAAAAUUCAAUUUCAGUAUCAAGUUGACGCCCAAUACUGUUUUUUUUUUUUUUUUACAAUCUGUCUUUGCAACAUAAUUCCUUUAUUCAAAUCCUCACAAAGAAUAAAAUAUGUGCCUUUUAUUCUGCACUAAUGAGUUCACUUUUGUCGGAUGGUGGAGAUCAAUGUGA